AUGGAUGGGAGAUGGAUCUUGAGCAUUUGCAUCGUCCUCUUCACUGCAGCGCUAUGGCGAUUCGUGACGGUCUACUGGUGGAACCCCAGGGCGAUCGUGGCGCAGCUGAAGAAGGAGGGCAUUCAGGGGCCUCCACCCCGAUUCAUGGUAGGCCAAAUAGCUGAAAUCCAGAACAUGAGGAGCGCCAUCAAGGAUCACGACAUGGAAAGUUUCAGCCACGACGUCUUCCAUCGGGUACAUCCUGCGUUGCUCAAAUGGCAGAAGCAAUAUGGGAAGAGAUUUGUGUUCUGGUGGGGAACUGAGCCAAGGAUAUCGGUCUCGGAGCCCGAGAUCGUAAGGGAGGUUUUGUCUAAGAAGUUUUCUCAGUUUGAUAAAUCGGAGGCCGAGCUGCGGUUGGCGAACUUGUUCUUUGGUCGUGGAUUGGUUUUUGUUACUGGAGAGGAAUGGAGUCAUCACCGGCGUCUCGUAGCACCGGCAUUUUUUCAUGAACGUAUUAAACAAAUGACCGGUACAAUCGCAGGGUGCGCGUCUCGCAUGCUAGAUCAAAUCACAGGAGACGUUAUCUCCCAUACAGCAUUUGGAACUAGCUAUCUCAAAGGGCAGAGAGUUUACGAAAUAUUGUCUAAGAAAGUCCCAGAGCUAGUGCCCAAACUCAUCAGCUUUUCCUGGAUUCCAGGCUUCAGGUUUCUCCCACUUCCAGUCAACCUCCGAAUGUGGAAGCUUCAUCAGGAGUUGGAUUCUCUGAUCACUGGGAUCAUAGACGAGCGUCGGAACUCAGUGAAGUCAGGGAGGAGUAAUAUAUACAGGAAUGACCUACUCGGAUUGAUGCUAAAGGAGUGUGACAGCAGCAGUAAUUUCACAAGCAGGGAUCUGAUAGAGGAAUGCAAGACAUUCUACAUUGCAGGGCAUGAGACCACAGCCACCUUACUAACCUGGACUUUGAUGCUACUGGGAGGCUAUCCUGAAUGGCAAGAACGCGCCCGUGCUGAGGUACACGAAGUAUGUGGCAAUGAGAUUCCUGAUGGCGAGAGUGUCAGUAGGCUCAAGCUCCUGGGAAUGAUCCUUUACGAAACUCUGCGCCUGUAUCCACCAGCAAACGAGGUGACCAGGGAGUGUGUGGAGGAGUCUUGGCUGCAAGAUUUACACGUUCCAAAAGGAGUAUCUGUGUCGUUUGCAAUUGCUGGAUUGCAUCAGGAUAAGGAGCUCUGGGGAGAUGAUGCAGGCCAAUUCAAUCCGGAUCGCUUCAAAGAUGGGAUCUCAAGAUCGUGCAAGCAUCCCAAUGCUUUCAUGCCGUUUUCGUUUGGGCCGCGGGUUUGCGUGGGCCAGUCGUUUGCGAUGAUCGAAGCCAAAGUCAUUCUGGCUAUGAUACUACAGCGAUUCUUGUUCCGGCUUUCACCGAGCUACCGCCAUAAUCCUGCAAUGAAGUUUGGCUUGAAGCCUAUCCAUGGAGUGCCGCUUGUACUCAGUAAAAUGUGAUGCACAUUAAAAGUUCAAAAAAAUUAUGUUCGGUGAA